UCUUAUAAAUACAAGGGCAGAGUUCUGAAGCCAGUGAGCCCAGGAGUCCUCAGGCCAGCUCUCACUGCCCACCAGGAGGAUGAAGGUCUCCAAGCCUGCCCUCCCCUUGCUCAUCCUGGCUGCUGUCCUUGGAUCCCAGGCCUGGGUCACACAGGAUACAGAGGCAGGAGAACUCCUGGUGGCAGAUGAAUUAGAAACUUCAAUAAUUCAACGCGGCUUUCAUCACCCUUCUGACUGCUGCUUCUCCUAUACCCCACGAAGCAUCCGGUGUCCAUUCAUGGAAGAUUACUUUGAAACAAGCAGUGGGUGCUCCCGGCCAGCUGUCAUCUUCCUCACCAAGAAGGGGCAACGUGUCUGUGCCGACCCCAGUAACGAGCAAGUUUGGAACUGCAUGAUAAAACUGAAGCGGGGCCCAAUAAUCGAGGACCCAGGAAUCAUAAAGGUUGUUGAAGAGAAAGGACGCACGUCGCCAGACCACCAGCCUCGUGCUCUCUCGUCCCAACUACCAGAUUCUGAGCAUCGUGGCCUGAAUUAUAACUUUAAUUACAAUUAAAAAACAACAUUUAUUCUUCUGUUCUGGUUUUAAAGCAAUGCAGCUAAUAAAGAAUAUCUAAUUUACUUCACUUGAACUUUAAGAGGAAAAAGACACUGAAGGAAUUACUGACCUUUGGAUAAGUGUUGAUUUCCCAACAGUCAUAGUAUAAUAUCUUGAAAGCUAAAAACACAAUUCAUUCAAAUUUAGAUUGAGUAAUGUGUCAAAGAUGUAUUUAACCCAUUAGUGAGGGAGCCAUUAAAAUAAUUCAAAGAUCGUUUGAGAAGCAGAUGUAAGUUGGCGGGGACAUGCUGAAAAAUGUUUGCGAAAUUAUUUAGAACAUAUAUUAAUAUCCUGUGUAUAGGGCAGUAAUAAAACUGUAACCUUUAGGAUAAUCUUUUCUAGUUGACCAAAAUCAUUUGCAUCUGUGCUAGCCAAUAAUUUGCAAAUUAAUAUGUCAUUUCAUAAUGUCUAGUGCCUAAUCCAUAAAAACAGAACAUCAAUCAAAAGUACAUCAGUGCAUUCCCCUAUAGAUUUUAGGAAUCCUGGUGCGGGCCUAUUAGACAAUGUUCCAAUAUGACUUUGGAAAGUACACCGUCAUCCCUUUUGUCCACUUCUAAUUUUUGGAUAUUUUUCUUAAUAGGUAUAAAUUUCUAAGAAAUUUCAUCCCUGAAGUUAAACGACAUUAAGAAAAACAUUUAAAGAUGGAGUUCAUAUCAAUUUUAUAUACAUUAAAGCAUGUAAGUUUAUGUAUAUAUAUUUAGUACAUCCUGGUCAACUAUCUCAUAAAAUUCAAAAGAUAGCCUUGAACUCUAAACAACAACAAAAUUAUUGUUCAUUUGUAAAAAAGUCUAAAAUCUUAUGCUUACUUUUAAGGUGAUUUGCCUAUGAAAUCAAGAGGAGAAAACUGAUUGAUAACCAAAUAACCUUUAUAAUGCCAAAUCACUACUGUAUGAGCAAAAAUGUCUCGAGAUAAUGAAAAAAGUUGGGAAUUAUUAUGACCCUAAAGAGAUUAACCACGAAUUCACGUUAUGUCUCAUCUUCUGCUCCCUGCUAAAACAGCUAAUCUUGGAAGGUUUGACUACAGUUUAGAAAACAGUGUCUUUGACCAUUGUUACAGAAAAGAACUCAAACUGUGUGAAACAAUUUAGAGGUUUCUUCUGAGCCUUACCAGGAGAGCUGCACCCAAGAAGUCUUGAGCAAGUGGCCUUGGGGUGGUUGGGUUACAAUUUGAUUUUAUACAUUUCAGGGAAAUGGAUUUUUACUCAUAAAGGCAUAAAUCAAUGCAUGGAAGACAUGCCCUGUUAAUCAGAGACACGUCACCAGAUAUAUACUCAGACUCACGUGAUCUGUUAAGUAAAUGAAUGACCUGCAGGUGUGGUUGAUGCUUUGCCUCACAUAGCCCUUUGUCUGUUAAUAAGUUACGAAGGACAUCUCCAAGAAGGGAGGUGGGCAUGUCUAGGCUUGUCUGAUGUCCCUUUCCAAAGCAACUCAGCUUUAGGGUAUUUCUGGGGUCCCCGUGGCCAAGAGGGAUCCAUUCAGUUGGCUGGAGAGAUAAAGAUUUUAUUUUCGUUCAUACCACUAUUUCCUCUAAUGACUUAGUUUCAUUUAUUUAAUUCCUAACCCACAAUAAUGUCAUGUUGAUUCUUCUUUUCCAAGUCUUAACUGACUUUUCUUAUAUAGUAACCAAAAGAGAAAUACUUGUCUUCAUUUCAUUAUUGUCAUCUGCAUUUGUGCUUGCAGAGUCACACCAGAGUUUGACGGUAACUAACUCGUUCUUGGAGACAUUCUUCAAGGACCUUGUAACUGUACACUGGGAAGUUCGUUAGGAAGGUAGAUUUCAUGUUAUGCGGGUUUUUCUAAUAACACACACAAAUGAACUUGUUAUAUUGGUGGGAGCAGGGAGCCAUGAAGUCAACAAACAUCUAAAAUAGAGUGUGACAGGUGCUAUAGUAAAUUUAAGUAUCAGACAGCGCAGAAGCACUUAGGAGACAUUGGCCCAGCCUACCAGGCAGGACAGCCAAGAAGUCUCUGGGCCAGAGGUGACUGACUUCUGGGCAGAGUUGACAGGUUAGUAGGCAUUCGUAUCACACAGGACCAAUUUAUCCGCUAGGCACUUAGUAUUGGGGUCCUUAAAAAAAUGUAUUCACUCGAAAACACAAAAAGUACAAAAUCUAAAUUAAUGGUUGCAUCAUUAACUGUUAAACUUAAUAUGUAUUAAAAUGUCACUAGAUUGAAAAAUAGCGAAGCUAUGUAGGCAAAGAAAACCCUAUUCUGAAGGGCCAUCUAUACACAGACAGAAAUUUAGGAGUUGGCCCUAAGUGCAUGAGAGGCCACCCAUGGACUUUGUUUGUUGAGUCCCAAGGCCAAGGUUACAGGUUAGAGAAUUGCCUUUGGCGGUCACUCUUGAUUACAGGCUUUCGGGACACAUGAAAGUUCAGGAGAGAGUGGUCAGGACUUGAGAUCAAGUGGCUGGGAAGAUCUCCCAGCCCCUACUCUGAAGACAUUCCAGCUCUCCACUCUGGUAGCCAGCUUGACUGGCUCUUAUCUUUAAAGUUCCUUCUGGCCAGGGUUCUGGGAAUAGAAACGGAAACAGACACAGGGCAGUGUCCACCGUCUGAGAUCAGAUUUAGAGAAUUGGAGGAAUCUCCUAGAGGGAAGAGUCUUCCUUGAAAUGUUUACUCUCUUUGCCUGUACACAUCCCAACAGUUCCCGGAGUCCACUGAGACACCCAAGUCUACUUUGCGCUCUACUUCCCACUGCAUUUGCAGCCUUGUUCCCCUUUUCAGAAAUAGCAGGUUGUGUAGUCAAAGAACGCAUUCUGACUUCUGCCCUGUGACUUCCUGAUCCUCCUGUCUUAUAAAUACAAGGGCAGAGUUCUGAAGCCAGUGAGCCCAGGAGUCCUCAGGCCAGCUCUCACUGCCCACCAGGAGGAUGAA